CUCGGAUUAUUUUCGCGGUGGGCUCGAUUCGUGAUUCCUCAAAGUUCAUCAUCCCUAAGGCACUGUCACUUAAUGGCAUCUGAUUCGAAAAGCUUCGCGAGGAGAGAUCGUCUUCUUGAGAUUGAGGUAGCGGUUCGAAAGUGGUGGGAAGAUGAGGAAGUAUUCAAGGCUGAAUCUCGUGAGAAUCUUCCAGAACCUGGAGAAAAGUUCUUCUCAACCUUCCCUUUCCCUUAUAUGAAUGGUUAUCUACACAUUGGCCAUGCCUUUUCAUUGUCCAAGGUUGAUUUUGCUUCUGCUUACCAUAGGCUAAGAGGAGCUAAUGUGCUUCUUCCAUUUGGUUUUCAUUGUACUGGUAUGCCGAUUAAGGCUUCUGCGGAUAAGCUUUCUCGUGAGAUUCAACAGUUUGGUAACCCUCCUGUGUUCACUGCUGAAGACACCACCAAAGUUCCUGAAGUUCAGGAGGAGAGCAGUGAUACUAUAGCUUUACCGGGUCAGUUCAAGGGAAAGAAGUCUAAGGUGGCUGCCAAAGCUGGUGGACAGGUUUAUCAGUGGGAGAUUAUGCGCAGUUUUGGUCUUACUGACAGUGAGAUUGCAAAGUUCCAAGAUCCUUAUGAAUGGUUGUAUUACUUUCCCCCUUUGGCUGUUGAAGAUCUCAGGGCAUAUGGAUUGGGUUGUGAUUGGAGGCGCUCGUUUGUGACCACUGAUGUUAAUCCCUUUUUCGAUGCCUUUGUGAGGUGGCAGAUGAGGAAGUUGAAAUCUAUGGGAAAGAUUGUUAAAGACCGCAGGUACACAAUAUUCUCACCGUUAGAUGGCCAGCCUUGUGCUGAUCACGACCGUGCUACUGGCGAAGGUGUUCAGCCUCAAGAGUAUACACUCAUAAAGAUGGAAGUAGUCAAGCCAUUUCCUCUGAAACUGGGUCCUUUGGAAGGUAAGAGAGUUUUUUUGGCUGCAGCUACUUUGAGACCUGAGACCAUGUAUGGACAAACAAACGCUUGGGUACUGCCUGAUGGGAAAUAUGGAGCUUAUGAAAUCAGUGAAACUGAUGUCUUCAUCCUUACUGAGAGAGCUGCACUCAACCUUGCCUACCAGAACUUCUCAAAGAUCCCUCAGAAGCCUUCCUGCUUGGUUGAGUUGACCGGGUAUGAUCUGAUUGGACUCCCUUUGAGGUCUCCUCUGUCAGUCAACGAGAUCAUCUAUGCUCUGCCCAUGUUGACCAUUCUGACCAACAAAGGUACUGGCAUUGUCACCAGUGUGCCUAGUGAUGCUCCUGAUGAUUACAUGGCUUUACAAGAUUUGAUCAAAAAGCCUGCUCUUCAAGAGAAGUAUGGUGUGAAAACGGAAUGGGUGCCCACUGAAAUUGUACCGAUCAUCAACAUCCCGGAAUUUGGGGAUAAGGCUGCUGAAAAGGUCUGCUUGGAUCUGAAAAUUAAAAGUCAAAAUGAUAAGGACAAGCUUGCAGAGGCUAAGAGGUUGACUUACCUGAAAGGAUUUACCGAAGGAACCAUGCUUAUUGGAGAGUUUGUUGGUAGGAAAGUUCAAGAAAUCAAGCCCAUUAUUAAGACAAAGCUCAUAGAGACUGACGAGGCAAUCAUAUACAGUGAACCCGAGAAGCCGGUGAUGUCAAGAUCGGGUGAUGAAUGUGUUGUGGCUCUUACAGAUCAGUGGUACAUAACGUACGGCGAAUCAGAAUGGAGAAAAAUGGCUGAGGAAUGCUUAUCAAAAAUGAAUCUCUAUUCUGAAGAAACAAGGCAUGGCUUUGAGCACACUUUGAGCUGGCUCAAUCAGUGGGCUUGCUCACGGUCUUUUGGUCUAGGAACUCGUAUUCCCUGGGAUGAACAGUUCCUUGUGGAAUCCUUAUCUGAUUCAUCUCUAUAUAUGGCCUAUUACACAGUUGCCCAUAUCUUUCACGAUGGAGACAUGUAUAAAGGUAGCAAGUCUUUGAUUCGCCCUCAGCAGAUGAAUGAUGAAGUUUGGGAGUAUCUCUUCUGUGAUGGCCCGCACCCAAAAUCAUCUGAUAUUCCAUCAGCUGUCUUAAGCAAGAUGAAGCAGGAAUUUGAUUACUGGUACCCGCUAGAUCUUCGAGUUUCAGGAAAGGAUCUUAUUCAGAAUCAUUUGACAUUUUUCAUCUACAACCACACUGCACUAAUGGCGAAUCGUAACUGGCCACGUGGCAUCAGAUGUAAUGGUCACAUCAUGCUGAAUUCUGAAAAGAUGUCAAAGUCAACCGGAAAUUUCAGAACCCUGCGGCAGGCUAUUGAAGAAUUCUCUGCCACUGCUACAAGGUUUUCUUUGGCUGAUGCUGGUGAUGGUGUUGACGAUGCUAAUUUUGUAUUUGAAACUGCAAAUGCUGCAAUUUUGCGGCUGACAAAAGAGCUCACAUGGAUGGAAGAAGUGCUGGCUGCUGAGUCCUCUUUAAGAACGGGCCCUCCAUCUACAUAUGCUGAUAAAGUGUUUGAAAAUGACAUGAACAUUGCUAUCAGAUUGACUGAAAGAGCGUACAAAGAUUGUUUGUUUAGGGAGGCACUUAAAAAUGGGUUUUACGACUUACAAGCUGCUCGGGAUGAGUAUAGACUCUCUUGUGGAACUGGAGGCAUGAACCAUGACUUGAUACUGACAUUUAUGGAUGUGCAAACACGCCUCAUUGAACCAAUCUGUCCCCAGUUUGCAGAAUAUGUUUGGAGGAAACUUUUGAAGAAGGAAGGUUGUGUAGUAACAGCAGGCUGGCCACCAUCAAAUGAGCCAGAUUUGGUGCUCAAGAGUGCAAACAAAUAUUUGCAAGAUUCUAUUGUGUUAAUGAGAAAGCUUCUACAAAAACAACUCUUAGGUUCCAAGAAGGCUGCUAAGAAAGGUGCUCAAGUAACAGCUGUGCCAGAGGGGAAGUUAAAAGGCCUAGUAUAUGUGAAUGAGCAAUUUGAUGGAUGGAGAGCUCACUGCCUGAGGAUUCUGCAAAGUAGAUUUAACCAGGAAACUUGUCGUUUUGCCCCGGAUGUAGAGAUACUUGCAGAACUUAAGGAGAUAUUGCAGAACGAGGGAUAUGCAGAAAACUUCAAACAUAUUCAGAAGGUUUGCAUGCCUUUCCUUAAAUUCAAGAAGGACGAGGCAAUAGCUAUUGGCACUCAGGCUCUAAAUUUGAGGUUGCCUUUUGGAGAGAUCGAAGUCCUUCAGAGUAACAUGGACUUGAUCAGGCGGCAACUUGGUCUAGAAGAGGUUGAAAUAUAUUCUGCAAGUAACCCUGAUGAUGUUUUAAAAGCUGGUCCACAUGCCUCACUCCUGACGCAGAAUCCUCCAUCUCCAGGCAGUCCUACAGCCAUCUUUGUGACCAGCACAAGUGUCUGCCCUCCAGCCUAAAAGUGUUGUUCAAAUGAAAAGCGUGGGACAAGUUUCAGCUACUAGUCAAGAAGUUUGCAGGAUUUUUGGUAUUUUAUACAAGUUAGACUUGAUAGUUAUCUAUUUUGACUUCUUUGCUGAGUUUUUCCCUUUUAUUCCUGGUAUUGCGUAGUAGAGAUCGUCUGUUCUUUCUUAUCGAUACUACAAUAACCUUGUUUCAAGUUU